AUGGUCGCCGCUCUGGAUAAGCAGGAGCUGCCAAGUCGCCUUUCGUCAAGCCCGUCAAUCAGACUCCAGGGACCCAGGGACAAUGAUCAAGCGCGUCUUGUUUCUGGACCCAUGGAAACUUUUUCUAUCGACGCGCCGAACCAAAGUACCCCGAUGAUGCUCUUCAGGUUCAGCGUGAGAUCCGAAGCGUCGAGAACUCUGAAUUGGCGACCUUCUCGACGGGUCAGCCUCGCACCAGCUAAGGUCGCUGCAUCUUCGAAUGACCUCAAGCCUGGCCAAGCGGCCGGCGCAACGACGAAGCGAACCCUGGAUAACGAGCCGCUGACUACUUUUGCUCACCUGUCGGACUACUACAUAUACAGGAUUCCGAACGCAAAGCGAUACUUCGACGCCCCCUUCGAGUGGGGUGCGUGCCUCAGUCCCUCGAGUAACGCCGAGGCCCAGGAAACCGACGCUGCAGACUGCGGCUUCAAGAUCAUAUCGUUCCAGAGCGAGAAGUCACGUGCCUGUUGGCUCACAGCCAUGAGGCUCGCAAAGUACGGAAAGCAGCUCAGGGAGAACUACAGGGCUUUCAAGAACAAACAGUGCGAGCAGGGAGGUGGAAGUCCCAAAGAACAAUACAACAGCUACAAUGUGCCGAACGAAUCCUUACGAUCACGCGUGGCGAUGGAUUUCACCGGAAGUGUCGGCAGGAUAGUCGAGGAUCCCAAAGAAGCGAGGGACAUUGCCGAGAACGAAGGUAUAGCGUGGAGACGUCGAUGGAGACCCUUCUCGAGACCGCCGCCAGGUUGCGCCACCGUCAGGUUACACGGAUUGGACAAUGGUAUUCACGUACUCCAGCCAUGGUUUCACAGCGGACUCAAAAGAGAAUGUGCCGCUGCAAUUUUAAAGGAUCACGGAACCGUCGAUGGCGUUUUCCUCGUGAGAAACAGUAGGAGCAAUCCAGGGGCGUACGUCUUGACCUACAAAUAUGGUGACAAAAUCUUCCACGCCCAAAUACAGCCCGUUUUCGACGAGCGUCGGAACUGCUGGCUCUACACCCUCGACAAGGGCGCCACCAAGUUCUACGAUCUCCUCCAGCUGAUUGAAUUCUAUCAGCUGAACGCAGGUGCACUGCCUACUCGAUUGACACAUUACGUACAGAACGGCGUGCCUGUGCCAACUAGAACAGACGAAGGCGGCGCCUCGCCUUCGCCUCCGGAAGGUUCACAAAGAUUUAAUCCUAAAAAUGACUGCACCAAUUUGCCGACCAUUUGAGUAUAGGAAUCCCAGCGAUCCGCUGAUGUUAACGAUCUCGCUACCACUACCUCCGAUAAAGUCUAUAUUCAUUAUCGUCAGUACCACAGCCGACGCUAUUACCAUCAAUAUCGCAAUAACAACCAUCAUCCUCAUAACGAUAAGCAUCGUCAUCGCAAUAGCAGCGACAGUAGCAGCGCCAACAGAAGUAGAAAUACCGAAAGCACCGACAGCAGAAACAACAAUAACAAGAACAGAGAUGGUAACGCUCGUUCGACAACUUUGGGUUGCUGGUCUCUAUGCAAGGGGAGUUAUGACGAAUGGGACGUUUAAAACGCUUAUGUUAUUAUUCAUCGUCGAAACCUUAUAGACACGUGCGUAUAAUGUCUCUCUCUCUCCCCCCCUCUCCCCCCCUCUCUCUUUCUUUCUUUUAAUAAACGUCAACGGAAAAGGGAAAUCCGUCGUGUGGACAAGCAGCUGCAAACAAUAGGAAUAUGGGCCAAAGAAAUAUUCAGGAACCAUCGGCAACAGAUUAUUACAUUAAUAUUUGGCGAAAAGGACGUCUGCGGUACUCGAGCAGAGGAUUUCGUCAAUGUUAGAAGAGGAUACCAUUUGGUGUUCCAGAGAAGCAUUAUUGAGGCACGCAAAUUAUUGCCCUACCACUGGGAAUCAUUGUGUGGCAAACAUUUGAGAUGGAUUUCAGUCUCCAGGAUCUAUCAAAGACAAUACGAAUUCAUUUUACCGGCACCUUUGGGAUUUUGAUUUCCCAGCUGCUGCUUGACUCUGAUCUUGGUUCUAUUCUCAUGGAAUAGUUAUUCCUCUAAAGUGUUCUAUAUGCGGUGCUAAAUCCCUUAGAUCAUUUUUUUUACCUGCGCCAGUUUUCAUAGUGUUUCACUUUUGCGAAGGACAUUCUAUUCUCGAUACUAAAAGCGUUUCUAAAUAUUAUGUAGAAUUAAGACUAACACGCAAUAACGCGAUUGGUGAAAUAAUGCGAAAAUUGGCCUCGUCAUCCGAAUUUCGGGGAGUGCGAAACAGACGAGGAGAAACUUUUAAAAAAAUUUUGUCAUCAAUUAGAAUAUAGUUUUAAUCCUUAAUGGACGGGAGGAUUUAUUAAUUUCUACAGUUCUUGACUUGCAACUUGAAUGCACGUCUUAAAGUGAUACUGUAAAAAAAAAUAAGACCUACGUAACGCCGAAAAAUCGGCUUCCCGUCUUGUAGAGGUUAAAUGCGAUCUUUCAUUACCUAUUACCUAAUGGAUUUUAAUAACUUUUGCGAAAUUCGUAAAAUUUUACUAUAAGAGCAAUUAAGAGAUCAAGACUCUUGCAUGCCACCGCCGCGACAUGGUAGCUUAGUAAUACGUAUGUCAUAGUAUACGAGGCACUAAUCGGCAUUAAGAAGACAGCAACAACAACAACAACAACAACAACAACAACAGCAGCAGCAGCAACAAUCAAGAAACAAAAAACCCAAUGGGAUUAACCGUAAGAAGAUAUGUAGAUAAUAUAUAGAUAAGGAGAUAGAUAAGGAGUCGUAUCCUUUCUUCACUUCUUUUUUCUAUGUCUAACCGUUGUGCAAACACACACUCCUCACACGUGUAAUAUAACGAUAUAUCGACUUAAGUGACGCAACAUCACACGAGAGUGUCGCUACGUAGUGGUAAAAUAAACGGGACGAAUGGCAGCCUAGAUAUACGAGAAUUAAAGAGAAAGAAAAAGAAAAUUAAAUUAGAGUUUAAGGGAGACAAAUUCAAGAAUGAAAAGCAUGCGCGUACAUAUGAUUACUACGAGAAAGAGAGACCAAGAUACCGCGAACUUGCGAGCAAUAAUAAUGCAAGAUCCGAUAACUGAAGAUCCAUAUUUUGAUUAUUCCUUCUUUGGGCGUGUGUUUGUGAAUCGUUUUGAAUGACUGUAACUAUGAGCGCGCGCGCGCGCCAUUUGUAUAACAGAUUUUGUAAUUCGUUUUUUUUUUCAUUUUCGUUCUCACGUCAAGCUCCUCGUUCUUUGUCCUAAUUUAAUGAAUCUGCAGUUAACGUUGCUAUGGCGAAGCUACGUACAAUUCUAUAACCUUGUUAUUUAUUUAUUUUAAUCUUUACUCUUAUUAAAUUCUACAAUGUCAGAUGAAAAUGCGAAUAUCAGACGAACGAGACGAACGGGUCAAAAAUAAUAUGGUCAAACAAAGUCACCAAAAAGUUAUGGCCAAGCUAAUGUUAAGAGAAUUUCGAAUUAGGUAUUCUUGCGUCUCUUUGGAGAUUUAAUGAAAUGUCAAAUUACUGAAAGCUUCACAUGAGUCGCACUCGUGAGCCUCGUAUUUAACGUGUUAUUUAUUCCCUCAUUUCACAAUUAUUCUGUCAUUAUCAGUUUUAUAAACUGCUGAGAUGUUCUCCUUGUCGGUUAUACAAGUAUUAAAAAAAGGAAAAGAAAAAUAAAUAAAAGGGAGAACACUUUGCAUUGUUUAUCUAUGUGUCUAUUUAUCUGUCUGUCGUUCAGAAUUGGAGACUUUAAUAUUAAUGAAUGUAUGAGUAUAAUGAUGCAAUGAUUGGUGAUAUCUGCGGGUAACUGUGACUCUAUUAUGAUAUACAUAUAUAAGGAUAAGGAGGAGGGACGAGUUUCGAGCUAAAUUAGCAAGAUAAACUAAGUGCGUGUAUUAAAUAUGUGAAAAUUUAAAAAGAUACCUAGAAUAUAAGGAUCCUCGAAGCAUCGAGGAACGAAGGGGUUGCGUGGGAUUUUGAAAAUUGCUCAUGAAAAUUCAUAAUUACAUAUUGGAGGUUGAUUGACAAAGUGUAGAAAUUGAAAAAAUUUUAAGGGAACGAUUAAGGAGUUUCGCGGGACCUUAGUGAAAAUGUAACCAAGCGUUUGACAUGUACGUCAUUGAAUUAUUGAUGCGUGACACUUAAAAGUCUAUGAUUGGCCAUUAGAAUUUCAAGUCAAUCUCUCAAUCAUGUGAAGAUGCGCCUGAAUAUCGAGGAAUGUUGGUUUAUAGGAUUCUAGUGAAUGAAAAAAUUAAACCAGCUACAUGAAAAACUAACGAAAUAUUAAUUGCACUGUUAAGAUGAGCCAGUACAAAAAUCAAGUCAUUCGUCUACAUGGUUAAAUAAUUAUAUUAAAAAUUAAAUGGAGAAACAGCUUACUCUUACCUCAACGAUUGAACGCACGGUCGUCAUGUUUGCGAAUUAUUUUUCGCAAAUAGAACAUUCAAAAUAUAACCCUUAAAGUAAUAUAAAAAAAUAAUAACUACUUUUGUAUUAAGAAAAAAAAAAAAACGGUGUAUCUGUAAAUCUACACAUCAAUAUUUUUCACGAUAUUUUGAUAUUUUGUUUUAACUUCAAAACUUGCUGCGAAAAAGUUCACGUCCUGCUGAAGAACAAUAAGGUUCUCCCUCGUUUUCCCCUCUGCGAUAAGGCUCCGCGAAACUCCUUAAUGAAAAGGAAAAAAAAAAGAGUUAACCGAUUUCGAAUUCUCUGACAGCUAAUGGAACAGAAUCCUCGAAAUUCUUUAGCAGCCCCUUCGACCGUCAUGAUCUCAUAUACGUUACAUCUGUUUUUCGGACGCGCGAACGAUUUGAUACUAAUUAAUAUAAAGGAGAGAAGAGAAUUCAACAAGAGAAAAAGAUUGAUUGAAAAUAGAAAGAGAUAUAAAUAUUCUAAAUUAUACAUUUUGUAAGGAAGCGACAUCGGUCUCUAAGGAUUACGCUAACGAUUGACGAUCGACCAUUUAAGUGAAGUCGAACGGCGUUGCGGUUGAUUUAUAAGUCGGGUUAGGUUAGGUUAGAUUUGGUUCUGAAAUUUGGGGGGGGGGGAGAGGGAAGCUAUACUAAAAAUGAUCCUCGGGAAAGAUUCGAUUUCCUUCAAGUGUUUGCGAGUCUUUUAAGGAUCUCGGCCAAAAGGUAAAAAGAAAAAUUUCGAAAAUCAUUAAUGGCGGGAUGAAAAAAAUAGAUUGACCCACCCGACGAAAUUUCUCAAGUAAUCUCUUGAAAGUGACAGGUGGGAAGCGGGGAGUAGGAAAAUAAGUUAAGAUUCACGCGUAAAGGGAUGCUGGAUAAAAAUGUAAAAAAGUAGACAAACAAAUUAACGCAAUGUAUUAUUCGUCAUGAAACAGUAAUCCUACCCGUACCUAUUUUAUAAUAUAUUUUUUCAUCGAUUAUUUAUUUCAUUAUGAAUAAACGCGUGACGUCUCUAUCUUUUAAUAAGGUGUAUCUUUUAAGAAAACUUAAGAAACAAUAACAAUUGUAGACACAAAAAUAAUUAGCCACAACAAGAAACACACACACACACACACACUUUGUAUUAAGUCGCUUUUUAGAACUGAUAUUAGGUUUACGAAUCUUUGCGAAUUAAUGUCAUUUAGUACAUCUUGAUAGCCAAUCGGCAUUCGGCUCGUAUUACUUUUAUAAUUUGCUGUCUUAUCAGUUACAAUGAAAAAUUUGCCAUUUGGAGGAUUUUUUCGCAAUGAAGAGAAAAAAAAAGCAUCUUCGGCCUUUGAUGUAAAUAUGUCUAUUUAGGCCAAUUCCCCCAAAAUCCACCUUUUCUUAUCGAUCGAUCCUUUAAUCGAUUCGCUUCCCAUCCCGUAAUCUCAACAUCCCCAUUUUCUCUUAUCAAUCAUAACCAGAGAGCCUCUACAAUUGGAAAUCAACAUUGAUGGCGGUCAUUCAAUUUUGAUUUUUCAAUUCGUUAACUCUUCUCGAUCCUCGAAUCACGCCUUUCCCUCCAUCCACUUGGCGACAACCUAAAGUCGCGCAAAGCAUCCUCAAGCCACUCUUCUUCGAAAUUUCGACUUUUAAUUAAUCUUUGUCCUCCAAGAUGAAACGAGCCGCCUGCGCCGAAGGGCUAACGCGCGUAAAGGUUAUACUAAAAUUAUAACGAUUAUUAUGACACAAAUUAUAAAAUAUAUUUUGUAUUAUCGUAGCCGAAAAUUAGAAAGCAAAACGAGUGGUCUGUGAGACUGAAUUACCCUAUGAUUACAUUCGAUUUCACCAACGUCUGUUAAAGAAUAAUAAAAAGAAGCAAGGUAACGGAACGUUAAAGAAUUGUCUUUUCAUUUAUUUCCCUCGGUCUUUCUUCUUUUUUCAUUUUUCUCUAAUAUCACACGUGUCCUAUCAUUCCACUGUUAAAUUUGACUGAUUGACACCACCAGGCGGCCGUCCCGAUCGAAAGGGCGUCCAACGAGACGGCGAUGACUGUCGUCAUGACGACAUUACUGAGGAUCGACUGAUAACAGCAAUUUUUUUGAAAAAUAAAAUUGACAUCAGUACUCGCGGAAUGAAUAACAAUAAGUCGACUUGUAGCGAAAGUUUCGAACUUGAGCUCAUUAUUCUCGCUGAUGGACUCGUUCGUUGUAAUUCAUGAAUUAUAGGGAAAGCAUAAAGUACAGUACCCUCGAGCACCUAGUCAACAUGUAUUUUCCCAACUCUUAAGUUUCAACGUUUUAUCGACGUUACCCAUUGGCAGUCUUAAUUUCAUUUAAUUCUUUGACUUGCACAGACUUUGGUGAAAAUCUAAUGUCAUGUAUGUUAUAUUAGAUGGAAAGAAAUAAUUAAAAAUUAAAUAUUAUAUAUACAUAUAUAUAUAUAUACACAUUAUAAAUUAUCGUACUCGUAAGGAAGUUUGGUCGGAGCGCAGAUUAACAAGGGAAGAUUAUUGAGACAGAAUUUGUCAGAUCUUCCUAGUCGAGUUUCACAAAUGGACAUUUCUACGGAUGUAGAUUAUUUCUGUUUUUUCGACUCUGUUCGAGGUGAAUAUAGUCAGGUACUGGUAAUGUUAAAAAAAAUUAAUUGAACAUGUUCUUAAUGUCGCAUCGAAAUUUUUCUGAUAAAUAGUCGAUAUUUGUGGAACUUGAAUUAAAACGAUCGAAAAUUGAAAAUCGCGAAAAAGUCAAGCGAUUUAUUUAUCGAACGACAAUUAAGAUGAAUCGUGCCGAUUAGGUUUCUUAGAAACAGGAUUUUCGUUAUUGGUGCACCUGACUAUUAUUGUUAUUAUUAUAUUAAUUAAUUUGUCCAAAUCGAUUUUACAUGCGUGCUGGUACUUAUAUACGAAUGAACGAUUACCCAUAGUACGUAUAAAUAAAUAUCGGUUAAGUCAUGACCAGAAGUCAAGUAUAUAUUUUUUUAAUACGUUUAAUAAUUGAAUUAUGAAAAAUUUUAGAUUGCCUAUCAUAGGCUUACGAACUGAUAUGACAAAAUUAAUUAAAAAAGUUAAUCGUAAAAUUGAUUAUUCGUCAGUAUUACAAAAAAGAGGUCUCGCUAUAAUAAUUUUCAUUCUAAUUAAUCCUGACGUCACGAAACUUCAGUCUAAUACAGCAUGCGCUUUCUAGUUAGAGUACUUUGCAAACUUUAUACAGGGUGUCUAUAACGUUAGCGAGUAAGGAUUCAAUCGUAACCAAAAUCCACGAGACUAUUUACCAAACGCACAAAACUCUCUGUCUCAUUGCAAUAAGUAACUCCACUUCUAUGAUACAUAGAAACACUAAAAAAAAAACAAUAAUCACUUCGAUUUAACAGUUAGCAUGAAAAUAGCGUUUCACAGAUCCCAGAAGAAGCAUUCGUAAAGCAACGGGAAAAAAUCAGUGUAAAUAAAUACGGGCCAAGGAAAAUUUUCCUCCUAAGGUAUAUUCUAUCUUAACUAAUUCGUUGAAAAUAAAUUGAAAAAAAUAAAAAAGAAAGUCACCGAGAGCAAUGCUCUUGGAAUAACAAUAACGAAUAUCCAUAAAUCCGAUAAGUCGUUUUUUUUUAGAAUUCAGUGGAAUCGUCCAUUUUACUCUUACAAUUAGAAUUAAUUUCUAACAUAUCCAUAUCGAUCGACAUAAUAAUGACGCAAUAAAUUCUCAAGUAUACGUUAACAAAAUAAAUAAAUAUACGCAACCUGCAGCAGAUCCAACCAAUUGUUAUACCUUUGUAUAAGUCGUAAGCAAUGUCAAUACAUGAAUAAACUUUCAUUAAAAUUC